AUGCUUGGCUUCUUGGAAAUACAAGGUCAUGGAUCGAAACAUUUAAUACGUCUGCACACUUCAGGUGCUGCAACAGUAAUGAAUGUUAAUAUUUUUAAAACAGUUUUUCACUACCGGCUGGGAGAGAAAAAAGAGAAAAAUUGCGACUUAAAACGUGCAGAAAUGUGCAACCUCAUAAAACAUUCAUGUUUAUUAUCAGACUUAUUGCAUAAUCGUUGA